UUGAAGUGGAGCUGCAGUGCAGUAAGGUGUUUUGUCCAAUGUUUCGCUCUUCACUGCUUUAUCAUCUUUAUUUAUUGGUGGCGUCGUGAUUUUCAGUUUGAAGUGUUAUAAAAGGAUUCGAGCUGUCGGGGAAGAAGAGGACGUAAGCAAAAAGCACCGCAAAGAGGAACUUGUGGAAGUAUUUCUCUCCUUCGCAACAAGCAUCCUUCUGGUUGCUUUCACAACUUCUCUCCCUUGAAAUGGUCGGAAGGUUAAACUUGCCAAAUGUUUGCGAAGAGGAUCCUUUGGGUAUGAGCUGCAGGGCAGACCGAGGUCUCGACAGCCCGGACUCCGGGUUACCACCGAGCCCGAGCCCCAGCGCCUGGCUGCUGCCUCAGGACAAAGCCCGCGGAGUGAGUCCGGUGCCAGAAGAUGAUGGAAGCGCCUCCAUGGUUUCAGGUUUUCCCUCUGGUUCCUCGCUGCAGCCUUUGUCAUACGGGGAAGGUAUCUCGCUCGAUCCUUUACCUCCUAAAGAAGUAAGAUACACCUCAUCAGUGCACUAUGACUCAGACCGCCACUUCAUCCAGAAUGUGGCCCUUCAGCCAUGGGGUCAAGGCCUGGAGCACUGCACGCAGACCAUUACCGCCGUGUCCCACAGCACCUGGCGCCACUAUAAGACGCAGCUGGAUUUCCAGCCCCGCCAUCGGCUGCAGAGCUUCAAGAGCACCACCAUCAUCUACCCCAAAAAGACCAGUGCCAUGUACGCCACAGAGCUGAGUUACGACUGCCGCCGACGAACCCGACGUUUCCUCUCCAGCGUUGAGUUGGAGGCAGCAGGCAGUAGGAAGCUACCUCAGUAAGAGCGGAGGCGGGCGUUUCUAUAUCGGUCCUGUACUGUAAUUCUACCAUGGCUGGCUGUCGAAAAACCUGCUGUGUUGUCUUUACCUUUGAGUAGCCAGUUGUCUGUUGUCGUCUUGAUGGCAGUGAACCAGGAGUGCCUGUGCUGCCAAGUUACACAUAGCAGAGAUCUAAAGACGUAAAGUGAAAGGGUGGAAUAUCCUUUUAUUCCACACCUUUACAUCCCAGUCAGUGGGUGAGUCAUCCAUUAGAAAUGACCCUUUCACUGAUUUCCAGAAACCUGCUAGUCUUUGUCGGAUCGUGACCAAUGGAGGCUAAUUACUUGCCCUUUUUGAAGUCUCUCCUCAAACUGGCCGCUAAGGCAGCCAGGUUGUUUUUUUGUUUGUUUUUUUUUUGUUGUUGUUGUUUUUUAAAUCGGCGCAGAAACCGAUGAGGCCUACUGCAACUAAUUGAAGAAUGGAAGAGCAGUUCACCGUGGUGCAGGACUUUUCAGGUUUCUUUCACUUCAGUUAACCGCACUGUACAGCGUAUGUGGUGAAAAUACUGUACACUUGUUUUGGGAAUGCACGGUUUUUGUGUGUACUUCUGCACUAAAUUAGCACAAAGUAAGCCCUUCCUAGCCUCCGUUGUAGCCAACAGCUGCAAUUCUCUAUAGUAUUAUAUUAAUAUCGGUGGAUUAAAGUGACUGUUCAGUAUGCUUAAGUAGGUGAGAGGUUGACUGUGGGGAAUUUACUGCAGUAACAACUUUUUUUUAUGUCACUUAGUGGGGGGGAACCUACAGCAUUCCACUUAACAUCCUUUUGGCUUUUAAGUGACUGUAUUUAUUCUUUUAGAUGCCAGAUUUUUAUCAGUGCAUAAAUAUACCGCGUCAAUAGAUAUAUUUUGCAUUUAGUCCCACUGAUGCAUUUUUUUUUGUAAUAUAUUGGUGACUCACUGAUGGCCAAUUUGAAAUAAAAUCAUUGAACUUCAUCUAUUGUUUAUUUACUGGAAGUGGUUUGUAAACAACACAAAGCAUGCGCUAAGGUUGGACAAAGCCAUGCAUAACUUGAUUAAAUAAAACGCAACUACAAAAGCGGCACAGAAAAAUGACUAAUCAAGUUUUGAAUGAACUUUCUAUCGUGUAA